AUGAUGACUUGGACGCACGUCGUCGUGGACGUGAUGCACGAUGUCGACUCGUUUUGGAACGUCCACCUGCCACCGUCGUCGCAGAUACCAACGUCGUCGCAGAUAAAAAUCUCGCACAAACUACGGGCCAAGAAGACGAAGAGCUGGUGCGCUUACCUCGUCGACGCCGCGGAAGGCGCGGAAACUGCGUGGCUGGACGUGGUGGAAUGCGACAACUUGCAGCGACUGAUGGACUCGAACGACACCACGUCGCGCCGAGCUAGGCUGACCGCAUUUUGGAUCACUCGAUGCCUGGCGUCAACGUAUCGCCGAGACAGGAAGAUUCAUUAUUCCUUCUCCGUGUCGGCCCAGUUUAAACCUGCGCCAUCCUGCUGGGUAUGGGCGAUGGCUCGACAUACCCAGCAGGAUGGCGCAGCUACCAACCAGUUCCGUCGACUACUCGAUGUGCAUGAUGUCACGGCGGCGGUCGUUUUGCAAGGCCCUGUGCACGUGUCCCCCACUGUCGACCAACUUGGCCCAUCGGUUUCAAAUCAUGCACAACGGUCGUUGCCCACGUUUGUGAAACCGAACGAAGUCAAGUGCGUUGCAUGCCAAGACGACGCCAUGGACGACACGGACAAUAGUCUAGGAGGAGAUCCGUUCUUCUUUGGCAGCAGUAGCAGCAUGCACCCCGACCGACGACGGCCGCCCAAACCAUACGCCGUCCCGACCAAAACCAGCUGGGCGGACGCCCAGGCGCGAGGGCUGUCGCAUACACGUGAUACCGGGGUGCUGGCAAUCGCAGAAGCCGACUUGGGCAUGACCAAACAAUUCGAUAUUCCCCUCACUUGGGGGGGCAAGCAUACGGGGUACUUGCAUGUCGACGUCAGGGUCACGAUAGUGUCAGAUGUGCACUGGGAACUGUAUCUCAACCCGCCGUCACGUCGUUCGUAA